CACUCAAUUCUAACCUUUGCUCAUCAUCCUCUCCAUCAUUUCUUUACUCUAAAAAAAACUGUUAUUCCCGUGGCCAUAUCUAAACACUGUCCCUAAACAAGCACAUAAAAAAACCUAUACAAACUCACAUUGAUCUGGAUACAUAUUCAGCAUGACUACAGAGGGCGAAAACUCGUGGAAGUUUGCACAGUGCUUCGGGGACAAAGGCGAGGUCGAAGAUAUUACCGAAGCUGAUAUCAUUUCAACCGUCGAGUUUGACCAUACUGGAGACUAUCUUGCCACCGGUGACAAGGGUGGACGUGUAGUUUUGUUUGAACGAAAUGAAAGUAAAAAAGGAUGCGAAUAUAAGUUUCAUACCGAGUUUCAGUCCCAUGAACCAGAGUUUGAUUACCUCAAAAGCUUGGAAAUCGAAGAGAAGAUCAACAAGAUCAAAUGGUGCAAGCGUCAGAACUCUGCCCACUUUUUGCUUUCAACCAACGACAAAACGGUCAAGCUCUGGAAAGUUUUUGAAAAAUCCAUCAAAAUCGUAGCCGAGAAUAAUCACGGUAAUGGUCAGCAUGUACCUGUUCCAGGCACUCCCCUUAGGCUUCCCAAGUUGACUCACCACGAUACCAUUGUGGCAGCCGUACCACGAAAAGUAUACGCCAAUGCCCAUGCCUAUCACAUUAACUCGAUUUCCAUCAACUCGGACGGUGAAACCUAUAUCUCUGCAGACGACUUGCGCAUUAACCUUUGGAAUCUCAGUAUUAGUGAUCAAAGCUUCAACAUUGUGGACAUCAAGCCUGUAAAUAUGGAGGAACUGACAGAGGUCAUUACAGCAGCAGAAUUCCAUCCUGUUCAUUGCAACCUCUUCAUGUAUAGUAGUAGCAAAGGCACCAUCAAACUUAGUGACAUGAGAGAAUCUGCUCUAUGUGAUCAGCAUGCCAAGUUGUUCGAGGAAGAAGAGGAUCCUUCGAACAAGUCAUUUUUUUCAGAGAUCAUCUCAUCGAUUUCAGAUGUUAAAUUCAGCAAAGACGGACGAUAUAUCCUCUCGCGCGACUAUUUAACAUUGAAGGUCUGGGAUAUCAACAUGGAGAAUCGACCUGUACAAACCAUCAAUAUCCAUGACCAUCUCCGCAACAAAUUGUGCGAUCUAUAUGAAAACGAUUGCAUCUUUGACAAGUUUGAAUGCAACUUUAGUGGAGAUGGAAACCACGUCUUGACAGGAUCAUACAAUAAUAACUUUUAUAUUUAUGAUCGCAACGGCAAAAGCGAUGUGACGCUCCAAGCUGACAAGAGUGCCUUUAAAGCCAAGCGUGUGGGCUCCGCCAAGAAUAAGAUGAUGCCCCGAGUCAACAACAGGAACGGCAAGAAGGAAGACAUCAAUGUUGAGACGAUUGAUUUCACUAAGAAGAUCUUGCAUGCUUCUUGGCAUCCGAACGAGAACUCGAUCGCUGUGGCUGCGACAAACAACUUGUUUAUCUUUACCGAGCUAUAACUUCAAUGCGUUUAUUAGACUAUUUAGCAAGGAUAAGUUACAUUCUGCUGUAUCCCCCUAUUCCCCCUAUUCUCCCAUCUUAUCCAUCAGUCUCUUCCCUGCACAGCGUGCUCCUUCACAUUGUACAUGUCUCCGUCUCUCCAAACUCCUAUUUUUCUAUCGUAGUUAUUGGUAUUAGCAAUAGUCACCGGGUCGACCGGCUUUUACGUAGUCUGGUUCGUUUGUGGUUUGUUUUCUGUAGAGAAGAUAGUAAGAAGCAAUAAAAAAAAACCUGCAUUGAUAGG